GCAAGGAAGGGAACUAAGCCUUUGAGCUUUCUGGGUGAACUCAAGCCACAAGAGCCACAAGAUAAAGUGGGUGAAGCCAUAGGACACAAGUGCCAGGCCUUAGGACUCAUACUUCUGAUCUGGCUCCACAUUGAGGCUUUCACAAUCCUCACCCCUGCCGACCUGCCCCGCCUUGAGCAACAGAAUGCCCACCGGCCUCAAGGGUCGCCAAGUGCUUGACCUGGUAUACCCAAAGUUCUUGUUGGUGCUGCUGCUGCUGCUAGCGCCUCAGUUGGAGCCAGUAACUGGGGCUCAGACCACGCCAGGCACUUCCAGCACCCUGAGCACGACGGGCGGCCCCAAAGUCCCAGACCUGCCAAACCUGCGAGAGCAAGCGCGCGCCCUGAUGAGAGACUUCCCGCUUGUGGAUGGCCACAAUGACCUACCUCUGGUCCUGAGACAGUUUUACCAGAAUGGGGUACAGGAUGCUAACCUUCGAAACUUCUCCUAUGGCCAGACCAGCCUAGACAGGCUUCGAGAUGGCCUUGUGGGUGCUCAGUUCUGGUCAGCUUACGUCCCAUGCCAGACCCAGGACCGGGAUGCUGUGCGCCUCACGCUGGAACAGAUUGACCUCAUUCGCCAUAUGUGUGCCUCUUAUUCUGAGCUGGAGCUUGUGACCUCAGUUAAAGCUCUGAACAGUACCCGGAAAUUGGCCUGCCUCAUUGGCGUGGAGGGUGGACACUCCCUGGAUAACAGCCUCUCUGUGCUUCGAAGUUUCUAUCUGCUGGGAGUGCGCUACCUGACACUCACACACACCUGCAACACGCCCUGGGCAGAGAGCUCAUCUAAGGGCAUCCACUCAUUCUACAACAGUGUCAAUGGCCUGACCAGCUUUGGUGAGAAGGUGGUGGCAGAAAUGAAUCGCUUGGGCAUGAUGGUUGACUUGUCCCAUGUCUCUGAUGCUGUGGCACGGACGGCCCUGAAAGUGUCACAGGCACCUGUGAUCUUCUCUCACUCCGCUGCCCGGGGUGUGUGCAGAAAUGCUCGAAAUCUUCCUGAUGAUAUCCUGAAGCUUCUGAAGAAGAAUGGUGGCAUCGUGAUGGUAACCUUGUCUGUGGGGGUACUGCAGUGCAACCCGCUAGCCAACGUGUCCACUGUGGCAGAUCACUUUGACCACAUCAGGGCAGUCAUCGGAUCUGAGUUCAUUGGGAUUGGUGGAGAUUAUGAUGGCACCAGCCAGUUCCCUCAGGGACUGGAGGACGUGUCCACAUACCCAGUGCUGAUAGAGGAGCUGCUGAGGCGGGGCUGGAGUGAACAAGAGCUUCAAGGAGUCCUUCGAGGAAAUUUCCUUCGGGUGUUUGGAAAAGUGGAACAGGUACAGGAGAAAAACAGAUGGCAAAGUCCCCUGGAGGAUAUGAUCCCAGAGCAGCAACUGAACAGUCCUUGUCACUCAGUCCUGCCAGGUCUGCACCAGAAACAGCAUCAAAACCAGAAUAGAACAGAGAUGUCAACACAUCAUACACUCAAGUUAUCAGACAACUGGUCACGCUCAAAAUCUCCCCACAUAGUCCCAAGCCUCCCUGUUGUUGCUGUCUUUUCAGGCCUUAUUUUGUGGCUUUAGUGACCUAUUCAGUGCUACCAAAGAUCACUCUGGCACCUCUGAACCCCACAAAAAUCCUUCCCUUUUGCUGGUACAAAAAUUUCCUGGAAAUAAAUG